CUUUCCCGUUAUUCUCGAGCUCCAAAGGAGACAUUGAAAUCCAGGAUUUUACUUCCUACAUUUCCCGCAUCGACACGCACGAAGGGAGCUCUGGGAAUGAGAGAGCCAUUGCGAAACAAUCGAUGAGAGAAGCGGCGACUACGAAGCAGAGCCCCACCUUCGAUAGGUAACCUCAAGCCAAGACAUUUUGCUCAGUACAGCUGAGGCGAGCCAGCCUGGGAUGCUCCUCGAACCAGUGCUGCCUGCAAAGUGCGAGUAUCUUUCCAAAUAUCCUGCCUCAAGCUGCCGUUAAACCAUCUUUUAUGUUAUCUAUCCCGUCAAACCUCCAUUCUGCCAGUCCUCAACAGCUUCAGCCCCGUGGAACGGUGGCUUGCAGCGAUGCUACCCCGUUCUUAGGGAAAUGUCGCUUCUUCAUCAUUCUUUGCGUCGGCCUAAACCUCUGAAGGAUAAAGAUUACGAUCACGAAAUCCUGCUAGUCGACCAUACGAGCUCAGUUGCCCCUCUUCUUCGAAAUCGAUCUGCCAGCGCACGGCGUGCUUCCUUGUCUUCACCUGCCUCCCUGGGGACAGCUUCAGAUCCUUUACCACGCCGCCGGUAUAGCGACGGUGCCUUGCCAAAGAAGCUAUCAAUACGGGGAGAAUUGCGACGCCGGAAAUACUCUCGAUUUCGGGAUCCUCGUUUGGACGAAGGGGCGGUGUCAGACGAUGAACAACCAGAAGAGCCUAGGCAGGAUGGUGAAAUUCCAGAGACGGAAGAGAGGGGGCGCACGAGGGAGAGAUUCAAGAGGAAUAAAUAUCUCAGGGAGCGCGAGUCUGCGAUAGAUAUCCUCUUUGAAAAUCAGCGAGGAUGCUUUCUCUGCGGGAUACCACUCUUCUCCGCGAAAGCACUCGGAGCUUGCGAUCCCGCCCCGUGGACCAAUAUAGCUGAUAAAACGAGCGCCACAGAUAUCACGAAUGCGCAGGUGCCGGAUCCGUCUUGGGAAUGGGCGUGGAAGGAAUGGUACGUCAAUCAUACACCCGAGGUGGAUGAAGAUGGAUGGGAAUACUCAUUUGCUUUUGCAAAACUAUUCUCAUGGCAUGGUCCAGCCUGGUGGAAUUCUUUUGUUCGUCGACGAGCCUGGAUUCGAAAACGAGUGAAAAAGAAAACCGGCUAUCGGGGCCAUGACGCACGUACGUUCAACGAGGACUACUUUACAAUAUACCCAGCAGUAUCAAGAGCUAGGAGUCGUGCUUCAUCCUUGACAGGAAGCCAGAUGAAGAGGCAUAGUCUCGGGCAAUUAUCCAAGCGUGAAAUAGAGGUCGAGGUCGUCGCGAUUAUCGAAGACAUUGCUAGCUUGAUGCAAGCUCUGCGAUUCUGCCGGAUUGAUAGAGAGAAAAUGGAGGCCGUUGAGAAUUUUAUAGAGCACGGUGGUGACGAGCUGUACUACCUCCGGGAGCGUAUGCACGAUAUUAUGAGAAUGUUCAUAUUCCAAGCCUCUCGGAGACUUUUACACGCUCAUCUGCUCAAAAUCUUCAACGAGGCAUCAGAUGAGCUGAAGAACAAUGGAACAAAAGAGGGGGAAAAGUCCGUCAAGCAGCGAAGGCUGGAUAACCUUGCAGCUGCAAUGAAGCAUGCCGACGAGGAGGUCAAGAAACUCGAAUUCUGGAGCGACAUCAAAGACAUGGCUCAGAAGGGUGACACGAAAGGUGCUGCUGAUGAGGCUCAGGGUUGGGAUAAAAAGUGGAUAGGUCUCGACCUUAGCGGUCCCACGGAUAUAAUACAAAUAUACUUCGUGUCCAACAUGAGAUUGGAAUUAGACUACGGCUAA